AUGAUGGCUCCCCAAUACAUUGGUCAACAAGUGAUUCCAGCUGGUGCACAAUAUCCACCUGGGGUUUAUAUGCAGCGACCGACGGUGUUUGUACCUCGCGGCGAUAUGGGCUACGCACCUGUGGAACAAGCGCAACCUGUCAUGGUACCAAUGCCGUUCGUGGUCCAUCAGAUGCCCCCGGGUCAGACAAGCGAUCAGUCACAAUAUCAGCAAGGCGUCAUGGAGCAGCAAUCAGCCAUGGGGAUGGAACAGUAUGGUGAGCAAGAGUAUGGAUCAUCAUCUGCUCCAGUCGUCCAGCCGGCGCGACCGAUGAGCAUGCCGUCGCAUAUCCCUGCUAUGCCACCCAUGAUGGGAAUGAUGCAACAACCUCCACAAGUGUCGAUGCACGAUUCGCGCAGCGCAACGGCGUCGAUUCCUCCGCUUGUGACGCAGCCGUCUGGUUAUGCAGCA